AUGUGCUUUCGUAACCACACACAUGUACAAACACAAACUGGAACUAUCUAUCUAUCCAUCUAUCUAUCUAUCUAUCUCCGCCAUAUCUAUCUAUCUAUCUAUCUAUCUAUCUAUCUAUCUAUCUAUCUAUUACAGUCAGUUCAUAUCUAUCAUCCAUCUAUCUAUCUAUCUAUCCAUCUAUCUAUCUAUCUAUCUAUCUAUCACAGUCAGUUCAUAUCUAUCUAUCUAUCUAUCCAUCUAUCUAUCUAUCUAUCUAUCUAUCUAUCACAGUCAGUUUAUAUCUAUCUAUCUAUCUAUCUAUCUAUCUAUCUAUCUAUCACAGUCAGUUCAUAUCUAUCUAUCUAUCUAUCUAUCUAUCUAUCUAUCUAUCUAUCUAUCUAUCUAUUACAGUCAGUUCAUAUCUAUCUAUCUAUCUAUCUAUCUAUCUAUCUAUCUAUCUAUCUAUCUAUUACAGUCAGUUCAUAUCUAUCUAUCUAUCUAUCUAUCUAUCUAUCUAUCUAUCUAUCUAUCUAUCUAUCUAUCUAUCACAGUCAGUUCAUAUCUAUCUAUCUAUCUAUCUAUCUAUCUAUCUAUCUAUCUAUCUAUCUAUCUAUCUAUUACAGUCAGUUCAUAUCUAUCUAUCCUUCUAUGUGUCUGUAUGCAUCUAUAUCUAUGUGUUAUCUAUCACGGUAUUUUUAUAUUCUCUCAGCUUAUCACAAGAAAAAAAAUCUAAUAUCGAAUAUCUACAACGUGUUAGAUGGGGUAGGGAAUAAAAAAAAUUAUAAUCUAUCUAUCUAUCUAUCUAUCUAUCUAUCUAUCUAUCUAUCUAUCUAUCUAUUUCAGUCAGUUCAUAUCUAUCUAUCUAUCUAUCUAUCUAUCUAUCUAUCUAUUACAGUCAGUUCAUAUCUAUCUAUCUAUCUAUCUAUCUAUGUUGUGUUUCAACAAUCUAUCUAUCUAUCUAUCUAUCUAUCUAUCUAUCUAUCUAUCUAUCUAUCUAUCUAUCUAUCUAUUACAGUCAGUUCAUAUCUAUCUAUCUAUCUAUCUAUCUAUCUAUCUAUCUAUCUAUCUAUCUAUCUGUCUCUGUCUCUCACCACUACCAUCACUACUACGACUGCAUUUCUCUUUGUUAUUUUUUCUUCUUCCUAUCUAUCUAUCUAUCUAUCUAUCUAUCUAUCUAAUACUAAACGUCUUAGAUAUGUAGAUAAAUACUAUAGUAGCGUUCUUCUUUCGAUUGUAUUUGUUCUUUUGAAAGUCUGUUUUCCUGUCUGGUUUAUGACAGUCUGCUUCUCUCUGGUUUAUGACCGUCUGCUUCUCUCUGGCUGCUUCUUUCUGGUUUAUGACCGUCAGCUUCUCUCUGGUUUGAUCGUCUGCUUCAUCUGGUUUAUGACAGUCUGCUUCUUUCUGGUUUAUGACUUCUCUCUGGUUUAUGACCGUCUCUUCUCUCUGGUUUAUGACUUCUUCUCUCUGGUUUAUGACCGUCUGCUUUAUGUCUGGUUUAUGACCGUCUGCUUCUCUCUGGCUUGCUUCUCUUCUCUCUGGUUUAUAACCGUCUGCUUCUCUCUGGUUUAUGAUCGUCUGCUUCUGUUUGGUUUAUGA